AUGACAGUCCGCGAGUCUGGACAAUUGUUUACAGACACGCACGACAGUCCGCGGGUCUGGACAAUUGGUUACAGACCUGCACGACAGUCUGCGGGUGUGGCGGCCGAUAGCGGCGCCACGUUUGUGACCGCUCUGUACGAUAUUGGGCGCGGUAACUGGACGGGAUGGACCCGAGGGUUCGAGACAUACCUUCACCACUUUUCUGUGCUGUUAAAAUCAAACCUGACACUGUAUAUCUUCUGCGAAGUCAAAGUUGCUCACUUUGUCCGACGAGUUCGAACACGUGCCCAACAAACAUUCGUACACGUGCUUCCGUUUGAGGACCUCGAGUUCCAGGUUUACAGACAGCCUAUCAAACAGGUGAUACAGACAGACGAGUUCCGGAAGGACAAUGGCAUGUUACACCAUCCGGAAUGUUUCUCUCCUGACUAUAUUAUAUUAGUGAACAAUAAAAUAUCGUUUUUGAACACAGCCAGGGCAUGGAAUCCGUUCCGAACAACCCAUUUUUACUGGAUAGACGCCGGAUAUGGACAUGGGUUGGAAGUAUUUCCGGCAAAUAAAGCAACAGCAUGGAAACCGGAAAAAUUACUAAGAAUGACCCGUACAAUAACCUAUAUACAACUCGCCAAUCUUACAUCAUAUCACAACAAAACUGAUCUGCAUAAGGUCAGACAAGGCCCUGCUCUCAGUGGCGGAUUCUUUGGUGGGGACUGGUCAGCUGUCAGAGAAUACUAUCAUCUGUACCGGAAGGUGUUUCGCGCAUGUCUGGUGGAGAACAUUGUCGAUGACGAUCAAAAUAUGGCGUUGUACACGUACUUUGAAUAUCCCGCAUUAUUUAAAUUCGAACAAGGAAGCUGGUUUGAUGCUGUCGCACUUUUUUCCUGA